UUCAGUAGCCAGUACGCAUUCUGACUGGGCCGCGUGCGCACGUCUAAAAAAUCUCGAUAUAAAACACGAUUAGUGAAAAUAAAUGGUGAAAGUGUCAGUCUGCUUCUGAAAUAUAUAAUCUCGAAAUGAAAGUUCUUCCGGUCGAAGAUAAGGUUGCGAGGGUUGCUAAUGAGAGGCCUUCUGUGGUGGCAGAUGUUUCUAAAGAGAUAAGGGAUGAAUUGAACAGAGGCUGUCCUCUAGGCGUAUCACGAGUCAUUGACUUCGUAUACAUAUGUGGAGCCCACGCUUUGCCCGGCGCUGUUAAGGCCCUGCGACCAAGUUUGGUGGUAAAUGCCGCCCCAGAACUACCACCACCGCCAGAAGACUAUGUACCGAGACAUUAUGUACCACUGUUGGACACACCCAAUUCCGACAUGCAUCCUUAUAUGGAGAGCGUCGCUGACUUAAUAAAUGAAGUAGUCACAAGAGAUGAAUCGGUAUUGGUUCAUUGUGUCGCCGGUGUAUCAAGAUCCGUCACGUUGUGCUUAGCAUACCUCAUUAAAUGGCACAAAAUGACACUCAGAGACGCGUAUCACCAUAUGAAAAGGCGAAGGCCGCAAAUACGACCGAACACUGGAUUCUUUAAGCAGCUAAUAAAAUACGAAGAGAGAUUAUUUGGUGAAGCCUCCGUCAAAAUGGUGUAUUGUGAAGCGAUCGACAAGGAAAUCCCGGAUGUGUACGAGCCAGAUUAUAGGGGAAUGACCUGGUUCAGACAGCGGUAUGGGCCUAUUGAGAAUUGUUAAAAUAAUAUCAUAUACUCUGUGCGCAGUUUUCUCUCCUAUGUCAUAAACAUUUGACUGAUGGAAGCGUUGGUUCGCCAAACGUUAAUAAUAUAUGUGAAGUAAGGUACAACUCAGCUUGGACAUUUAAUGCCCAUUUGUUAAUUGUAAGCCUGGUGUACUAUACUUUUUAAAUUUCGAUUAGAUCUAUUGGAAAAUUAUUUAUUUCUUUAAUCGAUAAAUAAUAAAUGGCAGACGGAUAUGUGUACAAGAAGCCUGCAGAACAAAAUUGUCCUAUGUACAGUUGCCUAGGAACGUAUAGAAGAUUUAUUAAACGUUUCGUUCAGUCACUUGUCUGUUAGGAACGUUAGCGAUUUGAUUGAAUAUCGAUCUUUAAUUAACUCUCUAGAGAUUCAAUUAAUUCUCCGAUUUAACUACUUAGCGACAUAUACACUAUUCUAUGUAUAAUUAGGCUAGGAUCAACCUAUGAAGUUAAAAGGGAUAUGGUAAGGAGAUAUAUAUAUACUAUAUUUGUAGUUAUUCAUGUGACAGCACAAUUAGGGGCCCGUUCAAGUAUUACGUAAGCAGAUUUACUGCCAUUUAUUACCCCCCCCCCCCCCACUCUUGUCAGCAAAAGUAAGCAAAGCUUAUAGGAAAUCUCGAAAAUGUAUUUCGUUUUCAAGCAUAGACAAUGCGUGGGUAAUAUGUGUAAUAAUGUAAAUAAUUACUGUUGACGUAAUCACCAAAUAAGAAAAUCAAAGAUUUCCGUAAUACUGGGACGCAAUACUUGAAAUAGACCAAAUAUAAUUAAAUUGUGUCUUUCAGUCAUUAGUGAUACAAUUAUUAGGUUUUUCAUAUAUCGUACAUUCAUAAAUCAAUUUCAGUUUAAUUUUUGCUCCAAAAAUGUGUAUUUUAAUAAAAAAAAUUAUGGGACUUAAUUUUUGCGCUAGCUGUUACAGUAUAACUUCGGAUAUAGCAUAGUAUAUAAUUUGGAAGAUAUGUUCUUUCUUCAUACGUUUUGAUUAUUAAUAUAGGUAAUUGAUUUGGUAAUUUUUUUUACUAUCGGUUCAUAUAAUUGUAAACACAAUUUAAAAUUAAGAUUGCUUGCAUAUAUUAUAAGAAUUAGUUACUGAUAUGUUAAGGAAUAGAUUAGGUACUUAUAAGACUGAAAAUGUGUGCAAAAUGUAUGUGUUGAAUAUACGAUUGUGAUAUGUAUAUUCUAAUUUGAAGAGGGACCAAAUAAAUGAAUUUUAUAUA